UUUAAAAUUUCUAGGGAGAGAGAGAGAGAAAGAGAGGAGGAGUUUGGUUUGGUUUGAAAUUGUGGGAUGACCCAGUUGUGGAAAAGUGGCUGGCUGCUGGCUGCUACCUGCUACUUGAUGUUGGCUUCAUAGGGGGCUGUUGCUUCACUUGCAAGUGAUGGGUACUGAAAUGGGAUGUAUCUCUGGGGGUGUUCAUUGUAAGGCUUUGGUACACAGGUCUAGACUAGAAAAGUUGGUUGCUUUCUUUUCUGCGCUCCUGCUACUCUUCUUUGCUGAUCUUUGAUCUGGGGAUUUGGUGUCAGUUGGCGUUCCUCAUUGGGUCUUACUGGUAAUUGUUGCUUUACUUGCAAGUUGGGGGUGUUGGUGUUUGUGGUCUCUGAGGUGUUAUUGGGAUGUGGGCUUGAAGUUUCUUCAUAUGGUUAUCUUCUUCCCCCUUUUUUUUAAUAAUAUUUAAUGUAUCUUGUUUUCCACUCGGGGAUGUGGUAGUUCACCAAUAUCAUAUUGUACUUGAGACUAGGGUUCUGGGUUUUAUGACUUUGGGGUUAUGGUGGGGACUAGGGAUCUAUGCUGGUCUUACCGGUGAUUGUUGCUUCACAUGCAAGUUGUUGUUGAUAGUUGGGUUUUUUAUUUGGUUAUGGGUUGAGUUUCUCCAUUUGGGUUUUCUUCACUCUUUCUACAAGAGGCAGUCCCUGUUCACUGCAACUAGGGUUUUGAGUUUCCUUGAUUUGUGGUCUAGGGAUUUGAUUUCAGGUGGGAGUUGGUAAUCACAGUUGAUCUGACGUUUGAUAGCUGCUUCACUUGGAACUUGUUGGUUGGGUCUCUUUUGUGGGAGGUGUUUUGGUUUUAGGAUGUGAGUAUGCAAGUUUCACCAUUUGUGUUUCUUCUCACUUCUGAAAAGCAGUGCAUGCCCAUUACCCAUCAGGUUGAACUCAGUUUAUAGGGGUGUCUUGGCCUUGAUUUGAGUUGGGCAUCUCCUUUGAUUUCUGCAAUGGUGAUGCUGGAAUUCACUCCAAUGACUUUCCUCAAGUGGGCAUUGUUGGCUUGUCUUGUUUGUUCCUCUUUAAGCCUUCAAAUUCCAAACCUAACCCAAUCCUGUGAUCCAAAUGAUUUGCGUGCACUGAAGGAAUUUGCAGGAAACCUCACCAAUGGGUCAAUUUUCUUCCUUUGGUCCAAUGAUUCUCACUGCUGUAGAUGGGAUGGUGUUGGUUGUGAGGAUUCUAAUAAUGGGUCGGUUGCUAGUAGAGUCACUAGCUUGAUUCUGCCCCACAAAGGCCUCAAAGGAGUGAAUUUAACAGCUUUGGGUCGUUUAGAUCAUCUGAAAUUCCUUGAUCUUUCAAGCAAUCAACUAGAUGGUGAAUUACCCAUGGAGCUCUCAAAUCUGCAUCAGCUGGAAGUUCUUGAUUUGAGCUACAACAAGCUCCUGGGACCAGUUUCAAGAUCCCUUCUUGGCUUGAAAUCUAUAAAGUCACUCAAUAUUUCAAGCAAUUUAUUCAGUGGGGAUUUCUUGGGAGUUGGAGGGUUUCUGAAUCUUGUUGUGUUCAACAUAAGCAACAAUUUCUUCAAUGGCAGUAUCAGUUCUCAGUUUUGCAGUUCUUCUAAUGCAAUUCAGAUGAUUGAUUUGUCAAUGAACCAUUUCACAGGGGGGCUUGAAGGCUUAGGCAACUGCAGCUUUACAUCUCUCCAGAACCUGCAUGUGGAUUACAAUUCUCUUUCAGGCCAGCUUCCAGAGUUUUUGUUUUCAUUGCCAUCUUUGGAGCAGCUCUCGAUCCCCGGCAACAAUUUCUCCGGCCAUUUAAGCAGAAAAUUGAGUAAGCUCCACAGCCUUAAAGCCUUGGUUAUAUUUGGAAACCGAUUCAGGGGUCCAAUUCCGAAUGUAUUUGGGAACCUUACACAACUGGAAAUAUUAAUUGCACACUCAAAUUCAUUCUAUGGGGUGCUGCCUUCAACCUUGGCUUUGUGCUCAAAGCUUCGAGUGCUUGAUCUUCGAAACAAUUCCCUAACAGGUCGUAUUGACCUUAAUUUCACUGGGUUGCCACAUCUCUUUGCGCUUGAUCUUGCCACAAAUCAUUUUUCUGGUUUCCUGCCAAACACACUCUCUAGUUGCAGGGAAUUGAAACUCUUGAGCCUUGCUAAGAAUGAUUUACGAGGCCCGGUCCCUGAAAGUUUUGCAAACCUCAAAUACCUUUCGGUUCUCACGUUGUCGAACAACAGUUUUGUGAACUUGACUGAGGCAUUAUCUGUACUGCAGCAGUGCAAAAAUCUUACCACUCUUAUCCUUACUAAGAAUUUCCAUGGAGAAGAAAUUCCCAAGAAUGUGAAGGGGUUUGAGAGCUUAAUGAUUUUCGCACUUGGGUAUUGUGCACUUCGUGGCCAAAUCCCAUAUUGGUUAUUGAAUUGCAAGAAGUUGCAAGUCCUUGAUUUGUCGUGGAAUCACUUGGAUGGGAGUAUCCCUCCUUGGAUUGGUGAAAUGGAGAAUUUGUUUUACUUGGACUUCUCUAAUAACUCGCUCACAGGACGAAUACCGAAAAGCUUGACAGAGCUGAAGAGCCUUAUCUUCACAAAAUGUAACUCGUCAAAUAUUACUACUUCUGCAGGCAUUCCACUAUAUGUGAAGCGAAACCAGAGUGCAAAUGGUUUGCAAUACAACCAGGUCUCAAGUUUCCCUCCAUCAAUAUUCCUGAGCAAUAACAGAAUUAAUGGGACAAUUUGGCCUGAAAUUGGGAAACUUAAACAGCUCCACGUCUUAGAUUUGAGCAGAAACAACAUUACAGGUACCAUCCCUGACUCCAUUUCGAACAUGGCAAAUUUGGAAGUUCUGGAUUUAUCAUGCAAUGACCUGCGUGGGGAGAUCCCUUCAUCAUUGAACAAGCUCACUUUCCUAUCAAAGUUCAGUGUGGCUGACAAUCAGUUGCGUGGAAUGAUUCCCACUGGGGGGCAGUUCCUGAGCUUUCCCAACUCGAGCUUUGAGGGUAACCCUGGCCUCUGUGGCGAAGUGUUUAUUCCUUGUGACACUGAUGAUACUAUGGACCCGAAACCAGAGAUCAGAGCAAGUUCGAAUGGUAAAUUUGGUCAAGGCAGUAUCUUUGGAAUAACAAUCAGUGUAGGAGUUGGGAUUGCUUUACUUCUGGCAGUUGUUUGGCUUAGAAUGUCAAGGAGAGAUGUGGGGGAUCCAAUCGUUGAUCUGGAUGAGGAAAUCAGCCGGCCACACAGGCUAUCUGAAGUGCUUGGGUCUUCAAAGCUGGUCCUGUUUCAGAAUUCAGGUUGCAAGGAUCUCUCAGUAGCAGACUUGUUGAAGUCAACAAACAAUUUCAACCAAGCAAAUAUAAUUGGUUGUGGUGGAUUUGGUCUGGUUUACAAAGCCAACCUUCCUGAUGGCACAAGGGCUGCAAUCAAGAGGCUUUCUGGGGAUUGCGGGCAGAUGGAGCGCGAGUUUCGAGCUGAAGUGGAAGCCCUCUCAAGAGCUCAGCAUAAGAAUCUUGUUUCUCUUCAAGGCUAUUGCCGGCAUGGUAAUGAUAGAUUGUUAAUUUACUCCUACAUGGAGAAUGGAAGCUUGGACUAUUGGCUGCAUGAAAGAGUUGAUGGAGGUUCAUUUCUUACAUGGGACACAAGACUCAAGAUUGCUCAAGGAGCAGGUCGGGGAUUAGCUUACUUGCACAAGGUUUGUGAGCCAAGUGUAGUUCAUCGAGACAUUAAAUCUAGCAACAUUCUUUUGGAUGAAACAUUUGAAGCUCAUUUAGCAGAUUUUGGUCUCUCAAGGCUACUUCGGCCUUAUGAUACUCAUGUAACAACGGAUUUGGUUGGGACUUUGGGUUAUAUUCCUCCUGAAUAUAGUCAGACAUUAACAGCAACCUUCAAAGGUGAUGUUUACAGCUUUGGUGUUGUUCUUCUCGAGCUUCUUACUGGUAGGAGGCCUGUGGAAGUAUGCAAAGGAAAAAAUUGUAGGGACUUGGUGUCAUGGGUGUUUCAGAUGAAAUCAGAGAAGAAAGAGGAGCAGAUUAUGGAUUCAUCGGUUUGGGAUAAGGAUCGUGAGAAGCAGUUCUUAGAAGUGCUUGGUAUUGCCUGUAGAUGUAUAGACCAAGAUCCAAGGCAGAGACCCUCAAUCGAUCAAGUUGUCUCAUGGCUUGAUGCUGUUGGAAAGGAGGGCGUGUAACAGCAAAUUUCAUUUCUGUGUUUUCCUCUUCUGGAGCUCAGCUUCCUUUGGGAUUUACAUCAUGUAUAACUGUAAAGCAACAGGAUUUAAAGUUUCUAUGAGUUUGGGGGGCAUUUCUUUAUAAACAAUCCUUUGGUACUGUAUACUGACAGGCUUGAACUUUGUAUACCUAGGCCAGUUUGGCCAUUUCUUCCACCUAAAAUGACCAUUAUAGAUUGUCUAAAUUUCUUAUAAAAUCUUCAUCAAUUGGGGGCAUUUUCAAUGUCUUG